AUGAUAAUACUAUACCAAUCAAAUCUAUAAUUUUUGAUGGUCUCAGAUAAUUAAUUGGAAUUAAAUGAACUUUUUCAGGGGAUGGAUAAAAUGGAAAUGGAAAUCUUGGAAGUUUUGUCAAUUCAUUAAAUAAUCUCUAAAACUUAAAACUAUCUAUCCCAUUAUAAAUAUUGCUUAAAAAAUCAAACAUAACUUAUUUUGGAGAAUUUCAAAAUUUUAUUUAAUAAAAAUCCAUUCUAUUAAUAUAAGUUUAAACUCAUUCUUAAUAAUAAACAACCAUUCUUUGGAUUGCAAAACCUUAUCAUUAUACUAUUGAAACUAUUGUAUUACAAUUUUAAAUAAAAAAAAGAGUGUUGUAAAACAACAACCAUUCCCUAAAUCGAUAAUUCUUGA